AUGUCAGUCGAAACGAUACCCACGAGGAUCACCUUCCUAGGCUGCGGCAAACUCAGCUCCGCGAUCCUCCAAGGCAUCCUCGACUCCCUCACCAACAGCAAGCCCACCGACUUCCGACCCCCCUGCCCCAUCCCCGGGACCACCGAGACCCAAUCCCCACCGUCCAAGCCCGCCAUCAUCACGCCCACAUCCCUCACCGCCUGCGUCCACCGCCCGAACAGCGCCGCGCUGCUGACCGCCAAAUUCUCCCACGACCCCCUCGUCACCGUCCUCGCCGACGAAAACGUCCUCGGCGCCCAGCGCGGCGACGUCGUCAUCCUCGGCAUCGAACCGCACGCCUACCGCCCAGUGCUCGCCGCACCCGGCAUGGCCGCCGCGCUGCGCGGGAAGACGCUCGUGAGCGUCGUCGGCGGCGUGCCCGCCGCGAAGCUGUACGGUGCGAUAUACCACGGCACGGGGGAGGAGGAGAAGGAGGGGGAGGGGAAGGGGCGGCGCUGCCACGUCGUGCGCGUGACGGCGGGGACGUCAGCCGCGGUGCGGGGAUCCGUGUCGCUGAUCGGCGAGGAGCCCGGUCGCGGACACCCGCCCGCGGCGCUGAACGCCGUGUACUCGCUGUUCAUGCGGGUUGGGCAGGUGAAGAUGUGGCCGGAGCAUUUGCAGGCGGUGGGUGCGACGAUGACGGCGGGGGGUCUUGCGUUUUUGUCCGUGGCGGUGGAGGGGUUGGUGGAGGGUGCGGUCCGGGAAGGGGUUGAGAGGGGGGAAGCGUUCCAGAUGGCGGCGUCGUGUAUGGUGGGGCUGUCGAAGCUGAUUGCGAGUGGAGAAGCGCCGGGUGAGGUGAGGAGUAAAGUCGCGACGCCUGGAGGAUCUACGGCUGCAGGCUUGAAGGUGUUAGAGGAGGGGAAAGUGAAGGAUUUGUAUAUGGAGGCAUUGGAGGUGACUACUUUCAGAACUAGUAGACUAGACGAUAUACUCUACCUGCUACCUGGAAAAUGCGAUUAG